AUGUACAGAUGUAUUAAUAUUCCACCCGACGACGCGCAGUACCAACGUAUUCUAUGGAAUCCGGACACUAGUGAUUAUGUGGCAGAAUAUGCCUGCACAACGGUAAUGUUUGGAACGAGCUCCGCACCUUAUUUAGCCAUGAGAGUUAUGAAACAAUUAGCUAUGGAUGAAUGCGCGAAAUAUCCACUGGCGGUGGAUGUUAUAAAUCAUCAUGUCAUCAUGUAUGUAGAUGACAUACUGUCUGAUGGCGACAGUAUUGCAGAAACGGAGGAUGUCAAGAACCAAGUGAUUGGAAUGCUUUGUAGUGGUACAUUCGAACUACGGAAGUGGGCGAGUAAUUGCCCAAAGCUAUUAGAGAACAUACCAGUUGAGCAUCGAGAAUCAAGCGGAUUGUUACACAUGGAAGAUCUGGUCAUAUCUUACAGUCAUAUUUGCACCUUGCAUGGUGGAACCUCACUUACGCUGAAUUUUAUAAGGAAGAAAUUCUGGAUUGUUAAUGGACGCAAUGCAGUUCGGUCAGAAAAUGGGAAUGUUACCAGCAGUACGGGUACGCCCUUCUAG